CGUCUAACCCUGAAAUUUCAACCCAGCAGAAUAAAAAAUAGGAAUUUGCAAGUCGUCACCAGAGUGAGAAGAGACCUAAGAGGCCUCUACGAAACAACAACCCUUGAAGCCCACCGCAUUUCGCAUUUUUUACAACAAUAACAACAAAAAAAGCGAAUAAUCUAAUUAUUCGUAUUCCCGAUUAUUCUUACGAAUCACAGACAAUUAUUCAUUACGCGAUCCGAAAAAAAGAAUUCCAUGUAAAGUACGGUUUGUUUAAUUACGACUUAAAACAACUACUACUAUUACACCUCUUCGACCUCGAGUGCUCCUAUUCACAUUCUUCCUCAACUCCCUUCUACCUCCACCUCUUCCUUAAGUGUCUCGAUUUUCUCCCGAAAUCCUAGACGCCACGAUCGCCCUCCCUCCCUCCUAUUCUUCUCGGUCGUAAUUGUAUAAGAUUACAGCCUCUCAUAUUCGCGACAAUGCCAUCAAACUUACCUUCGAGUUUCGCCUCAGCCGCUGCUGGACAGAAUUCAAGUCGUGAUACGAGAUCAGGUGCUAGGAAUGAUAGUCGAGGAAAUACUAGUGGAGAAUGGUCUCGUCCGGGUCGAUCUACUAAUGGUGGAACUCUCACUUUCCGUCGGACAUCUACAACUCCUUCGAGCCAAUCGCUAAAUCAGCUACAAACCUCCGAAGCCGUUCAUCCUGCUUCAGCUGACCCUGCCGUUAUCUCUGCAAUGCCAGUUGGCUCAAUCAACGUCGAAAGUUCAGGCACACUUAGAUAUUCGAGAGACCAACUUCUUUCCAUUUUCAAUGCGUCCCACGAUUCGAAUCCUCAAUUACCUGACGUUUCCGCCUUAUUCCUCCCUGGGUGGAAUCCUGGGCAUACUAAUGGUACUGCUUCUAGAGGCUGGGGGAAGACUGGGGAUUCCCAUGUUGUUCCUCAAGAGCCCGACAUUUGCUGGGAUACGCCGGGUACAACCAGAGCUGUCGGUUUACAAGAGAUGAAUGUUGAAGAAAAGGAGCUCUUCACAUCUGAUGUAAAUUCCGCCAUGAAACCGCCGGUCCAGAAUAAAGAUGGGAAUCAUCCAGGAGGAGGUAUGAAUGGCCGAAAGACUUCUCUUUCCCAUGCGACAUCCACCAAUUUCGGACUCGUUUCACCUUCCGCAUCAUCGAGGCCUGGGACGAGACGACGUGAAACUACCGAUACGAAUCCAUACUCGGGUUUGACCUCUCCAACAUCCGCAACUCGACCGCCUCGAGACGACUCGUCGCGUUGGUUUGGCGGGAAAAAUAUUGAUACGAAGGAUUCGACUUUUGAAGAGCCCGAGGAAGAUCCAGGUGCGCGCGAAGCCUCUGCCAAGUCUCUACCGUUCGGUGGUUUGAUGCGUAACAACACAACCCCGAGCAGCGCAGGUUUUGGAGGAAACUCCCCUUGGCAAACCUCAGCACCGGGCGCUUUGCCUAGUAUUGGUGGUUUUGGACACUUUUCGCUUUCGAGUGCUACAAUUGGGGAAAAGAGGCCUGGAAAUGUACGUGGCGAGAGCCGCUUGGCACAUUUGAUCCCCAAAGAGAGCUCCGAUAGCAUCGCAGCCAAGUCAAGCGAGAGUGGCGCGACAGAUCCCAACCGUCCUUGGCGCCCGCGACAGCGCACUGAUACUGACCCUUUCGGUGAAGAUAUUGGCUCGGGUAGUGCUGUACUAGGAGGCGCUCAAGAUACGAGCCCUCCUCCGAUGUCCCACCCCCCUCUUCACUCUACAACAUAUGAUACUCCUAUAAAAGGCUCUACUGGAGAUUUCGGGAUGUCAAGUCUAAAUCUGGGGGGCCAUCUGGAACAUGAUCAUACGCCUUUAAGUCCAUCGGAAACAAAUCCUUAUCGAAGCCCUCCCGGUGAACGUGGCGAACAUGAAGAUAUUGGGGAAAGACAACACGGCUCUGCUGGUGCGUCUGAUCAUGUUUCGGGUUACGGUGGAGGCUUGCCACGUACUUUUCCUCACGCAGCAUUCGACGGUAGCGAUCGUAGCCAGACUUCCAGCGUAGGUGCAAAAGCCUAUCCUCCAUUAAGUAAUCUAACCGGCUGGCCCUCAUCGAGUACCCCGGAUAGGGAGCGCGCUCCUUUCUCAGGCUUUGGUGGCUCAUUAUUUGGCCCCGUUGGCGAUCUUCAGUCUCCUGGCCUUGGCAAUCUCGGUGGUGUGUUUGGUCCGGCAAGCGCCUCGGGCUUCGGUGGUUCUGGAUCAUUUGGUCGAGCGAGUAAGCUUGGUUCACUAUUCCCUCCAGCGAUGCAAGCGCAAAUGGGAUCUCAAGACAAUGAAAACUUGAGCGACUCGGUUCCGGACCUUCGACAACCUAACCCAUUAGGUGCUAUCGGCCGUACCGCUCCAGGAGAUCACGCCCGUGAUACAGACAGUCCCAUGCGAGCAGGUAGGGGUAUCUUCGCCGAUAUGUUCGCUCAGCCUGAGUCUACUCGAACCCCAGUCAGUUCGGAACCUUUACACGGCAGCAUCUCAGCCGCCCCUCAUAGUCAACCCUUUACUGCGACUAGUGCCGCGCCAUCCUACCCGGCGAGCCAGACGCCCGAACCCCCCUCAGUCCAGUCUCGUACUAUGGUUAUGCCCGAUAGAAUGAGAUGGUUAUACCUUGAUCCACAAGGUCAUCAGCAAGGUCCCUUUACUGGUUUGGAGAUGAAUGACUGGUUUAAAGCCAAUUUUUUCACGCCGGAUCUACGGGUUAAAAAGCUCGAAGACUCAGAAUUCGAGCCGUUGGGCCAAUUAAUAAGACGAAUUGGUAACUCCCGCGAACCCUUCCUAGUUCCACAAAUUGGCAUACCUCAUGGUCCGCCCUCUCAGACCGGACCAUUCUCCAACUCCGGCGGUGUGAUUCAGCCACCUCUGGUGAAUGCUUUUCCUAGUUUUGGUAGGACCUUAACAGCAGAAGAGCAAAAUAAUCUGGAGAGGCGUAAGCAAGAAGAACAAUAUCUCAUGGCUCGUCACCGCGAACUUUACGCUAGUCAGCAACCUAUGGGUAGAGUUCCUAUUCCUGGUGUUCCAGGUUUACAUCACCAUUCGAGUGUACAUAGCCUCCAAAGCCAACCAAGCUUUGGGAGCAUUACUUCGCCCAUCACGAUGCCUCCUCAGGCUCCCAUUGGGGCUAUCGGCUCUACGAGCUCUUUUUUCGACGGGCCAGCUACACAUCAAGCCGCCGUACCAGGUAGUUCUGGACAGGGAUUAGAUAUGUUCCGAGAAGACGAGCUUGCUCGUUUAUCCGGUCCAGAACGCCAGAUGUUGGCUGGCCUUCACGGUUCAGGGCCGAUAGGCGGCAACCUUCCGCCACAACCUAUUGGUGCGCAAACUUCGGAGGCGGGCGUACGCAGUCAGCUUCCGGGUUCUAGUGAACUUGCCGAAGACGCAGAAGGCUUCCGAGGGCGUCUACAGGAAUUUGAGAAACUCAGGGCGCAACACGAUGCUGAAAUGAUGGAACGACAGACAUCCCCUCUUCAUGAGAUGGUGAACGAGCAAGCCCCAAAGCUGAGCCCAGCCGCACAGACUACUGAACUUGACUCUAGCCCGAAAGAAUCUCCUGACGUAGAGCCCGCCCACCAUCACGUUGAAGAAGACCAAUCAGCCUCCUUGAACAAGCAGUAUCAACAAGCUCAAGCUCAAGCGCAGGCAGCUACGGCAAAGAUUAGCGGGCUCCCGAUGCCUUUCCCUCCACCACCUUCCGCUACGCCAUUACCUGCUCCCGCUCCUCAACGAGUCAAGUCUAACCUACCUGAACAAUACGCGACGAGCUCUCGAUCUGGUACACCUGAUAUCGCGCCUUCAUCUGCCGCUGCUCAGCCACCCCCGCUCGCCCCAUGGGCUAAAGACGGUGGGAUGGAGUCCCACAAAGGACCUAGUCUCAAGGAGAUCCAACAAGCAGAGGCUCUGAAAGCAGCUAAGGCAGAGGAAGCUGCGGCACUCGCCCGACGUGCUGCACUUGAACAAGAAGCAGCCCGAGAACGUGAGAAGGCCGCUGCUGCCGCUCCAGGACUGCCUACAAGUAGCACGUGGGGCACUGCUUCCCCUGUGAAUCCUACAUCGACCAGUAGCCCCUGGGCUAAGCCACCCGUAGGAAAAGUGCCAGUUUCUGGGCCUUCCACUCAAACUCCAUCUUCCGACAAGAAAAAGACACUAGCCGAUAUUCAGCGUGAGGAAGAAGCUCGUAAGCAGAAAGCGAAGGACCAGGCCCAAGUUGGAGUUCCAUCCAGCACCGGAAAGCGAUAUGCCGAUCUUGCCAGCAAACCUAAUGCUGUUCCUAUACCUAGCCAAACACCGAGCGUCAGUACUUCGGGAUGGGCUACCGUUGGUGCCGGCGGCAAGGUCAAAGCGCCCACAGGUCCAUCUGCUCAAACGCGACCUGCAAGUGCUACCAAACCAGCGCCCGCCGUUGCAGCUCCUCCUACAAGGCCUACGGUUAAGCCGGCAAGUUCGACUGUCGGCGCCGGCCACAACGAAGCGAUGGAAGAAUUCACAAAGUGGCUCCAUGGCCAGUUGGCUAAAGGAAUCACGGGUGUUACUGACAUCGACGCCUUUGCCAACACGCUCAUCGGAUUCCCACUAGUAGGUGAGAUCAUCUCGGAUGCUAUUUACGCCAAUUCGAAGACGAUGGACGGACGUCACUUUGCUGAGGAGUUUAUUCGUCGCAAGAAGCUUGCAGAUCGAGGCGUAGUAGAGAAGCAACCUGCGAAGAGCCCAUCAGCGGAUACACAAUCUAGCAUGGCGGGCGGAUGGAACGAGGUAGCUAAGAAGAGCAAUCACAAGGAAAACACCAACGAUGCCGGUUCGAUUCAAGGUGCUGGCUUCAAGGUAGUGCCUGGACGUAAGAAGGGAAAGAAAUGAAGGGAAUCUACGAGGGUCGAUGAGGAUAUGAUAGAUGUAUGAGUAUUAGUGAAAAGGAGGAACGCGAGUAGUGAUGAGAUUUUUACGAAGCAUGUUGAUUUGAGGCAUCGUUCAUGUACACUCACAAUCAUCAACCAUUAGACAGUGUAUCUGAUAAUCAACAUGAAAUUUGAUGACAAGAAA